GGUCGUAACUCCGUGCGGCCAUCUCGCGCCGGGGGCGUGGCCCUUGCCUCCAAGGGCCUCCUCUUGCCCCCUCCCGUCCCUCCCCCUCCUCCUCCCCGCGGUGGGCGGGGCCAGGCGCACCUCGCUCUUAAGGUCUGUCUUGGGCGGUUGGAGGCCGAGCAGCGGGUCCGAGCGUAGGAGGAGGCUGAGCCAUGGCCGCGGCAGUGCUGAUGCGCGGGGUCCGGGCGUUGCAGGGCAAGUGUCCCGGCUUCUGGAGGGCCCAGCACACGAGGGCGCAGCCCACCGCCGGGCCGGCGCUGGGCUUCAACUUCGAGCUCACCGAGCAGCAGAAGGAAUUCCAAGACACAGCUCGCAAGUUCGCCAGGGAAGAGAUCAUGCCAGUGGCCGCUGAGUACGACAGAACUGGCGAGUAUCCUGUUCCUCUUAUAAAAAGAGCUUGGGAGCUCGGGCUGAUCAACACACACAUUCCAGAGAGUUAUGGUGGCCUUGGCCUUGGGAUUUUUGAUGCUUGCCUUAUUACAGAAGAAUUGGCGUAUGGAUGCACGGGCGUUCAGACUGCCAUUGAAGCUAAUUCUUUAGGACAAAUGCCUGUUAUCAUUGCGGGGAAUGAACAGCAACAAAAGAAAUACCUCGGGAGGAUGACCGAGGAGCUGAUGAUGUGUGCUUACUGUGUAACAGAACCUGGAGCAGGCUCUGAUGUGGCUGGUUUACAGACCAGAGCAGAGAAGAAAGGCAAUGAGUACGUUAUUAAUGGCCAAAAGAUGUGGAUAACCAACGGAGGAAAAGCCAACUGGUAUUUUCUUUUGGCUCGGAGUGACCCUGAUCCCAAGGCGCCUGCUAGUAAAGCCUUUACUGGAUUUAUUAUCGAGGCAGACACCCCAGGAAUCCAGAUUGGAAGAAAGGAGAUGAACAUGGGCCAGCGCUGCUCAGACACCAGAGGGAUCAUCUUUGAAGAUGUGGUUGUGCCCAAAGAGAACGUCCUCAUCGGGGAAGGCAGUGGCUUCAAAAUUGCAAUGGGUGCUUUUGAUAAAACCAGGCCUCCGGUCGCCGCUGGUGCUGUUGGGCUUGCACAGAGAGCUUUGGACGAAGCUACCAAGUAUGCCUUGGAGAGGAAGACCUUUGGAAGGCACCUCGUGGAGCACCAGGCAGUGUCAUUUUUGCUGGCUGAAAUGGCUAUGAAGGUGGAACUUGCUAGAUUGGCUUACCAGCGAGCAGCGUGGGAAGUUGAUUCGGGGCGCCGCAAUACCUACCAUGCUUCUAUCGCCAAGGCGUUUGCUGGCGACAUUGCCAACCAGCUGGCUAGUGAUGCUGUGCAGAUUUUUGGAGGCAAUGGAUUUAAUAGUGAAUACCCAGUGGAAAAACUAAUGAGAGAUGCCAAAAUUUUCCAGAUUUACGAAGGGACAGCUCAGAUCCAGAGGUUGAUCAUAGCUCGAGAACACCUCAACAAGUACAAGAAUUGAAGAGAGCAGCCCGACCUGCGGCCCCUCAGCUAAGUAACAUCAGAUGAUAGAAAAGGGAAAAUACUUGGAUGGGAUUGCUGGUGAAGUGAAAAAAAAUUAGAAAUGUGAUUUGUUCAACCCUAAGUAAGAGAUUAUAAUGGCAGUUUUAUAUUUUUUUGCUCAACUAGAAAACUUUGGCAAGUAUUUAAAAAUACUUGUGUUUUCUUUCAACAGCACUUAUAUUUAUAAAGCAUCAAGGAAAUGGUGUUAAUUAUAUAGAAAAUUGUCAUUUUAAAAACUGCAAUACUGAAAAUGAAAACUUCUAGGAUUUCUAGCAUCUGAUUGCCUAAACUUUGAAAGGAAGGAAGGUGAUCUUAUCAACAUUAAGACUUAUGACCUUUCUUUCUGCCUAUUUCUCAGGUAGUAAGGCUUACACUGCUCACUGAUUCUUAAUUGUUACAUUCAGAGGUACAGUCAUUUUACCCUGACAAGCUCCAAGACUGGCAAAGCAGGAAAAGUGUAAUCGCCUAAUACUAGUAAAUCAUCUGUCCGUGUCCAUUGGAUGCCGUCCAGACUGUCCAGGUUUUUACUGUUUGUCUCUGUUAGGCUGUGAUUGGAAUGGGGCCUCCUAUCAACCCUGGGCACAGGAAUUCUGGCUGUGGUACCCAGUAUGCCAGUACCUAGAGUCAAGAGGAAAUCUGACUCAGUGCCGAACCAAUUUCUUACUUGCCUUUUUUUUGGGGGUAGGGGUUAAGAAAGCUAACUUUAUUCUAUAUAUGAGACUACGUCAAUCUCUUAGUACCUUCUGUACACCGUCUUACUUUACGUGCACCUAUUUUGAUAGGGAACUCAAUCUCUCCAAUGGACAGUUGACAGUGAAUUAAUAUUCUAGGCCUAUUUUCUGAUCUUAAUUCUUAUGAGUAUGUACUUAGAGAAAAGUUGACCUGUGACUGCAUUUGUUUUGAUUUUGAAUUUAAUAAACAUAUCAGGAAAAGAUACAACCCAUUUUACUUAUUAAAUUGUUCUUCUAGACCAUUGUCUCUGAAUACGUAAAUGUUAUGAAAUAAUGUAGGAACCAAAAUUUGUGAAAUGUCAUAUUUAUAAUGCCUAAACAUCAAAUAUUGGAUGGCCUUGUAAUGAAUUACCAAAAUAAAAUUUUCACAAACAUUUUU